CCGGCUAUUGAUUGGCUGCAGCAGGAGCAGGCGGCUCGGCAGGCAGCGGUUACCCAGGGUUUCCGGUGCGAGGCCAGAGCGGGCGAAGCUGUAGGGAGGUCGGCGGUGAGGACCUGCUCCCAGCCUAGCGUUGCGGACCACAAUGAAGAACCAAGACAAAAAGAAUGGGACUGCCAAGCAGUCGGGCAACUCUUCCAACCCAAAAAGCAACCCGGGGCAAGCGGAAGCAGGACCAGAGGGAACCCAGGGGCGGCCCAGCCAGCCGGCUCCUGCCACAGAAGCCGAAGGUUCCUCCAGCCAGGCUCCCGGGAAGACUGAGGGAGCACAGGCCAAAACUGCUCAGUCUGGGGCUCUCCGUGAUGUCUCUGAGGAGCUGAGCCGCCAGUUGGAAGACAUUCUGAGUACAUACUGUGUGGACAACAAUCAGGGGGGCCCAGGUGAGGAUGGGGCACAGGGUGAGCCUGCUGAGCCCGAAGAUGCAGACAAGUCCCGGACCUAUGCUUCGCGAAAUGGGGAGCCUGAGCCAGAGACUCCGGUAGUCAAUGGUGAGAAGGAGACCUCCAAGGGGGAGCCAGGCACAGAUGAGAUCCGGGCAAGUGAGGAGGUUGGAGACCGAGAUCACCGAAGGCCGCAGGAGAAGAAGAAAGCCAAGGGUCUGGGGAAGGAGAUCACCUUGCUGAUGCAGACAUUGAACACGCUGAGCACUCCAGAGGAGAAGCUGGCAGCUCUGUGCAAGAAGUAUGCUGAACUGCUGGAGGAGCAUCGGAACUCGCAGAAGCAGAUGAAGCUGCUGCAGAAGAAGCAGAGCCAGCUGGUGCAGGAGAAGGACCACCUGCGCGGGGAGCACAGCAAGGCCGUGCUGGCCCGCAGCAAGUUGGAGAGCCUGUGUCGUGAGCUGCAGCGCCACAACCGCUCCCUCAAGGAAGAAGGCGUGCAGCGGGCCCGGGAGGAAGAGGAGAAGCGCAAGGAGGUGACCUCACACUUCCAGGUGACGCUGAAUGACAUUCAGCUGCAGAUGGAACAGCACAACGAACGCAACUCCAAGCUGCGCCAGGAGAACAUGGAGCUGGCGGAGAGGCUCAAGAAGCUGAUCGAGCAGUACGAGCUGCGGGAGGAGCAUAUCGACAAAGUCUUCAAACACAAGGACCUGCAGCAGCAGCUGGUGGACGCCAAGCUCCAGCAGGCCCAGGAGAUGCUGAAGGAGGCAGAGGAGAGGCACCAGCGGGAGAAGGAUUUUCUCCUCAAAGAGGCAGUGGAGUCCCAGAGGAUGUGCGAGCUGAUGAAGCAGCAGGAGACCCACCUGAAGCAGCAGCUGGCCCUGUACACAGAGAAGUUUGAGGAAUUCCAGAACACUCUUUCCAAAAGCAGUGAGGUGUUCACCACAUUCAAACAGGAGAUGGAGAAGAUGACUAAGAAGAUCAAGAAGCUGGAGAAAGAAACUACCAUGUACCGGUCUCGAUGGGAGAGCAGCAACAAGGCCCUGCUUGAGAUGGCUGAGGAGAAAACACUCCGGGACAAAGAGCUGGAGGGCCUACAGGUGAAAAUCCAGCGGCUGGAGAAAUUGUGCCGGGCACUGCAGACAGAGCGCAACGACCUGAACAAAAGGGUACAGGACCUGAGUGCUGGUGGCCAGGGCUCCCUCCCUGACAGCGGCCCUGAGCGAAGACCAGAAGCCACAACUGCCUCCAGGGAGCAGGGUUGUGAGGGUCCUGGGGCCCAGUCACCGAGCUCCCCAAGGGUCUCAGAAGCUCCUUGCUGCCCAGGAGCAGCGAGCACAGAAACACCUGGCCAAGUGGGGCCCCAGGAGCCCACCUCCCCCACCGCCUAGGAAACCUGGCACGGGGGGCGUGCUGGGAGGGGAGCGAACGGCCCAGCCAGGCCUAGCCCAGGCAGGGCUCCCAUCGCUCAGCAGUCCGGUGCUGAGGCCCAGGGUGCUCCGACCUGGCUGACAUCUGACACUCUGCAGUUUUGGAUUCUGUGGGUCAGUUUUACAUACAUUUGGCAUAUGUGCAAGGCCUCCUACAUUCCUCUCUCUCUGCGGAACAUGGGCUUCCACUGGAGGUGGGGGUGUGUACGGGUCAAGUCACUGGCUCUUCUCUGAGCUGAAGAGUCUCAAAGAGGAGCUGCCAUUUGUAGCUGCUGUCCCAGUGAGCUGGCAGGACAAGUGACUUGAGCCUUCCCCUGCCUGAUUGAGGCUCAGACACUACCCCCCCGCUUCUGCCCUUCAGGGCUUGUGACAAGUGACACACUUGGGCCUUGACUGCGUUUCCCCCAUUAGCAGGGCUUGGGCAACUCUGGCUCUCCUAGAGCCUCUGCCCUGGAGGCUCCUUUACUUCUCUCAACCUGGAGAAGGGGGUCCCUGGGCAGGGCCCGCAGAGCUGGGGAUCCAACUGCUGUCCUGCUCUGGAUGGGGGACCUGGAGAAAGUGGCUGUGGGCUGGUACACGGUUAGGGAGCCCUCAGGUGGUGCCAGGACCAGGCCGGCAAUGCUUCUCAGUAGCCUUAUCAUUCACAGGUGCCUCUCUAGCCUGCACAAAUGACGAGACCACCCAAAGGAUGCUUUCUGAAGGUUUCUGUUUUUUUGUGUUUUUUGUUUGUUUUGCACAUGACAGUGUGUGUAUUUAUCUGAGGAAGGAGGAGGGUUGCUGGCACAGUUGGCUUCCAGUGCACCCUAGCCUCACCGCCCCACCUGGUCUUUGCCACGUUGGUGCUGAGCUUUCCUGUCUGGUGAAAUCGGAUUGCGGUUAGGAGGAAGGGAAGGGCCUCUGGUGGUUUUACCACAAGCUUGCCUGUGUGUUUCAGUCCUGGGAGGCCAUUGCUGAUGCCCAUCACCGCUGUCUCCAUGCAGCAGUUGCUGGGCCCUGUGCCCAACUGUCCCUUUGGCUUUUAGGACUCUGUUUCCGCUUCUGACCCCACCUUUAAUGUGCAAUCCUUGAGAUUUGCCCUGGUUCCAUUGCCUAAGGAAUAAGCUGAAGUAUGGCCUUGA